AUGUUCACAACUAGAAAUCCCCUAGAGAUGUCCGUGUUGAAGUUGAUCACAUUGGUUGAUCAGUGCUGGAUAUAUAUGAAGCUAUUGCGGCUACUCAAGAAAUACUUUUGUUCUAUUUUCAAGAAGAAGAAGCAGAUGGCGAAUGUUGAGAAAGUUGUUGGUGUGAAGAAAGUGAGGCAAAAAGAUCCAGAUGGAUGGGAUGUGACGAUGCCACUCCCGGGAGACAUCAUAGAAGGCGUUGCUGAAUUAGCUGCUGAUGAUGACUCCUCCUUUGUUCAGGCCAAGGCAUGGUCAGAGUUAACCUUAUUUCUUGGUAAAAUUGCUGGACAUUUCAUUUGGUUGAAAGUUAGAAGGGGAGAGAGCACACUUAAACUCAGAGGAUAUGUCUUAGUUGAAAGACGUCGUUCCAAUCUGCAGAAAAGGUUUGUUGUUAGAGCACCAUCUGAUCACAGACAUCUUGCUGUUAUAGCUGAAUUAACUUUGGCACGUUGCACUGAACUCCAGGAAAUGAGCAGAAGAAUGGUUAAUUCAGGCUCACGCGGGUAUAACCAAAUGGGAUUACAAUAUGACUGGAAGAUGAAGGUGGGAACGUAUCUACCAGAUUCUCGUUCUACAGUUGUUAGCUCCAUCGUUUUCAUGCCUCUGGCAAGAGAGUAUAGAGUAGAAGCCACAAUAGUUCGUACCAUGGCCUGGUUUUCAGCAGCAGUAUCUUCAGGAAUCCCUCUUGUAUUCGUUAAUAUUCAAACCGAGCAAAUUAGCAAUUUGGAGAGGAGAAACACCAGUGGAAAAGAUCUCACUUGGAGUAGGCAACUAGAUGGCUAUGUUGGUAACCAGUCCGCACAAGGUGUAAGGCUAUGGUAUCUACCAGGAAUUGCAGAGGUUCCACUUGAAUUAACACCUGGACCAGGAGAAACCAGAUUUGGAAUCGAUAUUAAACGAACAGAUGAAGGAUUUGUCCGUAUUUAUUCAGUAGCAAAGGGGACAGCUGCAGAACGAGCUGGUUUAGUGCAUUUAUUUGAGCAGGGAAAACAAAGCAAGCACCAUCUAGUGAUCUCAAGGCUAGAAGGAAAGAGUCUUUUGCCAUCAACUGUUAGCCCAGAAGGUCUAAUAUACUGCUGUGAUCAUGCUGAUAUUAAGGAAACUCUCAACUUAGUAAUGGAAAGAAGUGAAAGUAUUAGACUGCAUAUCAUGUCUUGGCCUGAUCAGACAACUCAAAAUACCACACGAUCAAUUGGCGCUGCAGCUCUUAUGCCUCCAAAUUGAUACCAUCAGCUAUUCAACACGUAGCAUCCAACAACAACUAAGUCUCAAUCCCAAACAAGUUGAGGUACUCAGCUAUAUGAAUAUUCCUCACUGUACAUGUCGAUCUAUUUAUUUAAUCUCAUCUCAGUCAGCAGUUCAACACCAUGUACAGAAAUAAACGUCUAUUUAUAGAAAUUUUGUUGACUAAUGGAAAGAAGUGAAAGCGUUAUGCAUAUCAUGCAUGUCUUGGCCUAGUCAGAUAACUCAAAAAACUAAACGAUCUAUUGGCACUCUUAUGCCUGCAUAUUGAUAACAUCAAGAGUUCAAGUCGACCAUGCAUAAAUAUCUUUUUUUUUUUGUUCGAAAAUUUUGUGGAGAAAUGGAAAUAACCAACUUGAACUUGCUUUAGUACUUGGUAACAGCAUUUUAGAAAGAAGAGGAUUUGUAGUACAUUGUAGGGGUUGUGUUCUUAAAGCUUCCAAGAUCCACAGUACUGUAUUUGUACAAAUUCAUUUGCAGAAGCAAAAGAAAAUGUUCUUGUCCACUAAAUUCGAUACCAUUAAGAACUUCUUAGAAUCUGCUGGAAAAGCAAAAGCUGACCUAAUCAGAAUGGUAUCUGGCAGGUCAUGAAUUCAAUAAGUGUUAAAUUGAAAGUGUGUCCAUUAUAAUCUUUAAGCGCAGCAUGAGCCUUAGUGUCUGACUCCUUUUAAGAGCACUAGUACCCAAGAGUGCCUGCAAACGCAUGAAUUGAAGAAGAAUAUUUCCUUUUUGCAGUCUUUACUUUUCAGAAUCAGCAUUCAUGUGUAGUUUCCCAUCCUUACAGUGG